UUCCAUCCAAAGAUGAUUUCAUUCGAUGAUGGCGUUAGUGGGUUUCUUGUCCGGUUCCUUGUGUUUGAAUACAAAGCUAUACAGUCAAACAACUUGUGAACCUCAAAGACACUUGUCAAAGAAAAGUGUAUUGGGUUCAUACCUUUUGAGAAAACAACUCUUUACAAAACAUUAUAAAAGACCCAACAGUCUUGUAGUUAUGACUGUUGUCGAAGUGGAUGAUACCCAUUUUGAACAACAGGUACUCCAGUCGCAAAUUCCUGUCUUGGUGGAUUUUCACGCUGAUUGGUGUGGUCCUUGUAAAUUGGUGACUCCUUUAUUGGAUUGGUUGGUUUCAGAAUACGGUGGGAAACUGAAAGUGGUCAAAAUAGACACAGACAAGAAUCCUCGUUAUGUGAAACAAUAUGACGUAAGAGGUUUACCCACUUUGAUUAUCUUUCAAGACGGUCGACUAGUGGCAUCUUCGGAAGGGGCUUUGGGAAAGAAAGGGAUUCAACAAUAUAUAGAGAAACACUUGCCUCAGUUGAAAACCAACUGAUGGGGUUUUGAAAUAAAAGUCGUUCACUUAUU